AUGGCCUCGUCUCCGUCUGCAUCAAGGCGGCAGCGCCAUCGUGCCUCUACCAGCCAAGGCAGCAGCGUACAAGGCCGGCAUGCUCGCUCCUCUGUCGUCCUCUCCACCUCGUCCUUCUCCAGCAACAAUAAUAACCACAAUGGCCUUUCAGCUUCGACGUUUCCCAUCUCCUCGUCAUCGAUGCAGCAAGUCUCAAACCCCCUCCUACAGCCAGACGUCACACCGUCGUCCCUACUGACUCAGUACACUCCGCAACAGCUCACAGCUCACCUCGAUGCUCUACGAGAGGACCUCAAGGGAUAUGAAGUCGAGAUGAAGCGCUUGAUCAAUUCGCGCUAUGGUGAUAUUCUCAGUGUGGGUGGCACCAUCAGCGCAAUGAAGGGGUCUUCGAUACACCUGCACGAGAAGCUCUUGCAGGUGGGACAAGGGCUGAAGACACCUUCGGAGAAAUCAGAUGGCCAGCUCGAUGCCGGGAAGGCAAUCUCAACAUCGGCUGAUGAGGAGGAAGAGCGGGUGAGAAACCUAGCUGCUCUCCUUACCAUACAGCAAGAGGCGCCUGAAGAGAUCUGGACUACAUUGGACGCUGUAUCGACCUCAUUGAACCAGCUUCCCUCGUCCCCAUCCAGUCUGGAGAGUCUAGCCACGCUACUCAAGUGUGCCAGAUCCCUCUCGAGUGCCAUUAGCCUGUACGAUGCUACUCGGCUCGCAGGGUGGGAGAUCGACGGCAUGGAGGAGCAUGAACGCAUACAGAAGCUCUUCCCUCAUCCUCUCGAGACUCGCAGCACCACUCUCUCGGCCAUCAAGGGCGAGAUGCGUCUUGCGCUCGAGCAGAUCGUUGAAGUCGCUACUGUUGGAUAUGCAAAGCACGACGGUACGCCAGCUGCUCAGGAAGCCCUCUUCCGGACCACUUCACUUGCACUCCUAGGUCUAGUCAGGCUCAACAUACUUCAGCCAAGUGCAGUUGGGGAGUGGUACCUCGCUAAGAGAAGAGCAAGACUAGAGGAGACAAUCAAGUCGACAUAUCAGUCCUCACACGAGAGUACAGGUGAGGGACAGAGAGCGCUUGUAAGAGUCAUGAAAGAGCUGGCAGAGACAAUCGCUGUCCACUCCAGGCUGCUCGGACCUCAGCAGGGGAGUUCCAUGACCCUUCUACCGUCACUACUUCGUCGCAUGAUGUCGAGUGACGUAGCAGAAGAUGAAUCUUCCUCAAGCACUUCGCAAACAGCAGAUCACGCAGCUCUCCUCCCCCCGAGCCCACUGGCCUCACUCUCUGCUCUGUCGAGCUCCUCGCAUGCACUAGCCACUCUCGAUGCGAACAGCAGUCUCAGAGACUGGACGCCCUUCUUCGAGCUAGGUGACAGUGCCCAGAGCAGCAAGUCGCAGAAUGGUCAGCUGUCGGCAUGGGUGGACAGUAUACUUGCCGAUGAUCUGAAAGCGGACGGCGGUACCUGGGCAGUACAGCUCGUGCUGGAGCAGCCUGCUCUCGGUACAUUGACGGCGAUCAGCAAGGCACGGCGCAGACUUGGUCGGCAAAUUACUGCUCACCAGCCCAGCGAUGGGGAGAGAGAUAGAUUGACAAGGGCAGUGCAUGACCAUCUAGAAGAACUCCUCUACGGACGAGCAGUCAGCCUUGCGACUGAGGAGGUCGCGCGCUGGAGGAGUGGAGUGGUGAGAGAGCUCAAGCUGCUGACGGAGGCUCAGAGAAGCAAGAAUGGAGACAGGGCGCUGUACGAGAAUCUCUUCUUCCUCCCUCCUUCCUCGUCAGACCCAACCCCAUCCCGGCUUGGAUCCAAAUUCUCCCUCAUCCGGCCAACAGCGGCCCUCGCUCCCUUCUCAUCUGCGCUGCAGGAGCAAUGGGACGAGUAUCAAGAGCUCAAAGAGACGUACUUCGACUAUUGCUUCCAGGACGAAGAAGCCGAGACCGCCCAAGAGGCACAAGAGAGGGCUGUAUGGGGAAGAGUGGAGCGCGAGGGGUGGACAAGACUCUUUGGAGAGGUAGAAGAGGUCGUUGCCAACUUUACGCGCGCCUCUCAUCCUCGUAGCCAGGACGCUACUGAAGCAGAAUCAGGGCAGGCUGUAGCUGUUCGGCUUUUCUCACAAGCCCUGCUGCAGCUCGGUCGUCUUCCCCUUUCCGAGCUGUCCUCACCCUUUGAGACGACAGAAGAGGAUCGCAAGCAGUACACCUCCCUCGUGCACCGUCUACACCUCUCGCGUGACGCUCUGCUCAACGCCAGCUGGAAAUUGCAUGUUGUAGCUCAUGCAGGAGGGCUCUUGCUGCGCUCCGAAGAGGAUAGCGCUCCUGGCAGGGAGGACACAAUGCUCCGCGCCUCUGCGAGGCUACUGCGAGCGCUGUACUACCUGGAUGUUGAGGCAGGGAAGAUCCUUCUUCCUUCUCUCUCCUUUACCUCCCAGAUAGCAGGAGCGGACCAGCCACCAUCAACAAGUCCAGCAGUGGGCUCCAAGCCUGACCUCCUCUCCUCGCUCCUCGUCUGGCUGAAAUCACAGCUCGAAGCUGACGACUCUCUCCGCAGCAGGCUUGAGAGGAGGGACGUGGAGAUCCUUUGCGCUCUGCUGAGUAGUGCGAUGACGGAUGAGGGCAGCGCUAGCGGCACCGCUAGUGGUAUCAGAGAAGCGCUCCUCGCGGCUGACUCUGUUCGCUCGCUGCUGGGGCAGGAUGGAGCUUCGGUGCCUCCACCCCAGCAAGACAGCAGCGGUCAAGCCGAGCUCCUCGAGUCUCUCUCCCCAUACGCCCUCCUCUUUGGCCGAAUGCGGGGCGUUGCGCUCCCGGCUCUUACUGCGGGGAAGCAGCAAGAGCAGCAGGUCUUUACCAGUGCCCCUUCGCCUCCCCCUCCGUUGUUUGAGAUUGCACCGGUGAAGGCGCGCAUCAGGGGUGUAGAGGUGAGGUGA